GAGAAAGAGCCGCUCAUGAGUCGCCUGGAUUAAAAAGGACAAACUGUUUGAGGAGGAUCGGGCACUGCCGCACUGUUCGGAGUGUCGAGGAGAAGGGAGUUUGCCAUCAUGUAUUUUCUAACCGGCUGGCCCCGGAGGCUGCUUUGUCCACUGAGGAGUGCAGAGGAGCCCUUCCACAUCCAGCCCAGCUCCCAGAGGUUUUACUUCGCCCUGUUGUCAGAGACGCAACUCAGCAUCUGGUUCAGUCGACCCAGUGUUUUGAUAGUCAGCUACAUUGAGUCUGCGAAGGCGGCGACCCAGUUUGGCUUUUACCAGAGGGCAGAAUGGAAACCAGACGACUCCAUGGUGGCUGUGGCUACUGCCAAAGGCUACAUCCUCCUGUUUGAUGUACUUGGUGGAAGAGAUGAAAAGUACCUCUAUGAGCCUGUGUAUCCAAAAGGGAGCCCUCGCGUGAAGGUGACCCCGGGUUAUAAGGAGGAGCAUUGCGCCCCCGCCCUCUCUUUGGAGAUGAAGAAGCCCGUAGAUCUGGAGACGCCGAUCACCAGUCUGCAGUCCCUCCAGGAGGACCUGUUGGUUUGUACUGCAGACGGAUAUCUCCACGUGCUGCACUGGGACGGGCUCGGCAGCAAUGGCCACAAGGCCAUCUGCCUCACUACAAUCCCCUUUUCAUUAGACCUGCAGUCCGCUCGAGGUGGUCCCUCUCUGGACCUGGAGGGGGUCUAUAUUCACUGCAUGGAGUACUGCGUGACUCUGGACGGCUUCGCUGUAGUUCUCAGCGAUGGACGCUUGGGUUUCAUCACACCACUGAGUAAUACCAUCACAGCAGAUCAGCUGCAGGGAGUCUGGGCUGCAGACGUGUCAGACGGCACCUGUGUGGCUGUCAACAACAAGUACAGACUGAUGGCUUUUGGCUGCUCCAGUGGCUCGGUGCUGGUGUACAUGAUCGACACCACGACAGGAUCCAUGCAGCUCUCCCACAGGCUGGAGCUCACGCCAAAACACUACCCAGACAUCUACAACAAGACGGGCCCUGUGAAGCUAAUCCGCUGGUCACCUGACUACAGCGUCAUCAUGGUCACCUGGGAGUGUGGCGGCCUCUCGCUGUGGAGCGUCUUCGGAGCACAUCUCAUCUGCACUCUGGGAGAGGACUUUGCGUAUCAAUCGGAUGGUACGAAGAAAGAUCCACUUAAAAUCAGCUCUAUGAGCUGGGGGGCCGAGGGCUAUCAUCUGUGGGUGCUCCCUCACAGACAGGAGAGGCGGAUACAGGAGGAGCAGCAGGACGAGGAGAUGAUUUCGCCUCCCCACGCCUCUCUGCAGGCGGGCAUACUGCAGUUCCACUUCAUUAAGAGCGCCCUCACAGUCAACCCUUGCACGAGCAACCAGGAGCAGGUGUUGCUCCACGGCGAGGACCGCCUCUACCUGACCUGCGGCGAUCCCACGCAGAUGCACGGCACCUCCGACACGCGCGCACACUUGCACCCUCGCGACGGCAGCCCGCUGCAUCCACCCCACCGCCCCGACUCCCCCCUCUCUCAGGGACCCAGCACUUUACUGGGACACAAGCAUUGGCAGGUGGUCCAGAUUCACAGCACAUACCUUGAGAGCAACUGGCCUAUACGGUUUGCAGCCAUAGACUCUGCAGGCCAGUGCAUGGCUGUGGCGGGAAGGCGGGGCUUUGCACACUACUCAUUAUUCACAAGGAAGUGGAAGCUGUUCGGAAACAUCACUCAGGAACAGAACAUGACAGUGACGGGAGGUCUCGCCUGGUGGAAUGACUUUGUUGUGGUGGCAUGCUAUAAUUUUAUAGACCAGCAGGAGCAGCUGAGGCUCUAUCAACGCUCAUCCAACCUGGAUAACGCCUUUGCCUCGGUCACCAAGCUGCACUCUGACACCCUGCUGCUCAACGUCUUCAAAGACAUGAUCAUCCUGUUCCGAGCCGACUGCGCCAUCUGCCUGUACAGUAUAGAGAGGAGGAAUGAUGGCCCAAACCCAUCAGCUAAUGUGGAGCUGCUGCAGGAGGUGUCGAUGUCGCGCUACAUCCCUCACCCCGGUCUCGUGGUCUCCGUCACGCUCACGUCUGUGCGCACAGAGACCGGCAUCACUUUGAAAGCCCCGCAGCAGGCCUGCACGGCAGAGAGCAUCAUGCUGAAUCUGGCUGGCCAGUUAAUCAUGCUGCAGAGGGACCGGUCAGGACCGCAGGUACGAGAGAAGGAGACGCCUGUCGUCAACAAGAAACUGCUACCCUUCUGUCCUCCAGUCGUGCUGGCCCAGUGUGUAGAGAACGUGUGGACCACCUGUCGCUCAAACAAGAAGAAGCGUCACUUGCUGGAAGCCCUGUGGCUGUCCUGUGGAGAAGCAGGAAUGAAAGUAUGGCUUCCUCUUUUCCCCCGAGACCACCGGAAGCCCCACUCCUUCCUUUCCAGGCGCAUAAUGCUGCCCUUCCACAUCAACAUCUACCCUCUGGCUGUGCUGUUUGAGGACGCCCUGGUGCUCGGAGCGACCAACGAGACCGUGCUCUACGAUGGGCUGCAGGGGUCCUCCGAGCCACUGGAGGCACUGUUCCCCUACUGCACCGUCGAGAGGACCUCCCAGAUCUACCUCCACCACAUCCUGAGGCAGCUGCUGGUUCGCAACCUGGGCGAGCAGGCUUUAAUGCUGGCUCAGUCGUGUGCCUCCCUGCCCUACUUCCCCCACGUCUUGGAGUUGAUGGUUCAUGUGGUACUGGAAGAAGAAGCGACAUCCCGGGAACCAAUACCCGACCCCCUGCUUCCCACCGUGGCCAAGUUCAUCACAGAGUUCCCCCUCUUCCUCCAGACCAUCGUUCACUGUGCCAGAAAAACGGAGUACGCCCUGUGGAACUACCUGUUUGCAGCUGUGGGAAACCCCAAGGAUUUGUUUGAGGAGUGCCUCAUGGCUCAAGACCUGGACACAGCAGCCUCCUAUUUGAUCAUACUACAGAACAUGGAGGUUCCGGCGGUGAGCCGACAGCACGCCACUCUCCUCUUCAACACGGCGCUCGAGCAGGGAAAGUGGGACCUUUGUCGACACAUGAUCCGAUUCCUCAAAGCCAUCGGCUCAGGGGAGAUGGAGUCGCCGCCCACCACGCCAUCCACUCAGGAACCCAGCUCCACCGGAGGCUUUGAAUUCUUUAGAAACCGCAGCAUCAGCUUGUCUCAGUCAGCAGACUCCAUCACCACAGGAAAGUUCAACCUGCAGAAGACCUUCAGCAUGCCCACUGGAGCGUCCGCUAAAGGUCGGGACGGGGAGUGUGCAGAGAACAUGUACAUCGACAUGAUGCUCUGGCGCCACGCCCGCCACCUCCUGGAGCAGGUGCGCCUUCGCGACCUGGGCUGCUUCUCCGCUCAGCUGGGCUUCGAGCUCAUCGGCUGGCUGUGCCGCGAGCGAAACCGCGUGGCUCGGGUGGAUGAUUUUGUGUCGGCCUUGAAGAAACUCCACAAGGAUUUUCUCUGGCCGUUUCCCGUAAUACCUGCGGGAAGCCUCAGCUCACCACUGAAGAACCGAGGCUGCCGCCCAGUUUUGAGCACACAGCUGCUGAAGUCUCAGUCUGCAGACAGUCUGCUGAACACGUUAUUCAUGGACACGGUGCCGCCUUCAGCCACCCCCACCAACAACACCUGGAUGGACGGACUCGGACAGAGGACCAAAGACAUGGACAUGGCCUCAUCUGUCCACUCCAGCCAGCACUCACCACAGACUCAAGACGCCUUCCUGUCACUGCUCACUAACAAGGUUGAGGAGUACAGCAUCGGAUCGGCCACAGACCUGACAGAAACCAGCUCGGUGGUGGACGGUGAUUGGACGAUGGUGGAUGAGAACGUCACCCUGAGCCUGACUCAGGCUGAGCUGGAGCACAUCUCCAUGGAACUGGCCAACAAAGGCCCUCACAAGUCUCAGGUGCAGCUCAGGUAUCUCCUUCACGUGUUCAUGGAGGCAGGCUGUUUGGAGUGGUGCGUGGUGAUCGGUUUGAUCCUGCGGGAUGCCGGCGUCAUCAAGCAGAUGAUCAGCUUCCUGGACAACCCCGAGGUUCCGGCAGAAACCGUGCAGAGCGUCCGGAGCGGCCUGCUGGCUGUGGACGCCUGGGCCUCGGCAGACUGCUUGGGAUACAAACCGUUCCUGAGCCUGAUCCAGCCGCAGCUGCAGCAGUUGAUGGAGUCCACGUCCGAGCAGGUGCAGCCCGAAGCGUUCCAACCCGCCGGACAGACCUCCAAGCUCAGCGCCUCCGAGGGGCCGGGAGGAGCCGCGGCCCCUCGGGUCGAAGACGGCAGGGGAGCGGCCGCCCCUCUGGGCAUGGCCCUGCCCUCACUUGAACCUGCGGGCGGUUCUCCCCGUCCCCCUUCUGAAGACUCCCCUCCUGAACAAACCGAGGAGCAGACAGAGGAGGAGGGAGCCUACGACUGCACCUUGUCCUGAACACCGGGGGGCCUUUCCCGCACUUCAACCUGGGACCGAUCUGACGAAUCAGCAGCAGUGACUGACUGAAAAUAGACUUUGUGUGUUUAUAUGUAGACGGUACCUGUCAUCGUACGUCCUUCAGUCAGUAUUAUCCAACCUGCAGUAGAGCUCCGGUUCAGACGGUUAGGUUUCAGUCUCCUCACGUCGCACCAAAAUGUACUGUUAGGGCAAAAAAAGGGUCAGUUUUUUUACUCUUUGAGAUGUUUGCAAGCUGCAGAGCGGCAUGUUUUUUUUUUUAAUAUUCAUGUCCAGACAAAAGGUAAAGAGCGAGAGAGUCGGUUCAAAGAGUCUGUUUGAUCGUGACGCUACGUCGAGUAGCGCCUCGUUAAACAAAGCUUCAGGCGCCGGUCGUUUACAGGAGGCGCCGGAGCGCGUCUGAGCCAGCAGCGGGAGGGCGUUUCAUACUUUCAUACCUCAUGGUUUUAAUAUGUUUUGAUACCUUUUUCAAUAAAGUAACGGGGACAAAUGAGCUUAUUUUUCUACCAACUCUUGAAUUUCCCUGUGAAGAGAAAAAGAAAAAAAAACCACACACACGUUGUGAACUCUGUGAUUCUUGACAAGUCGUCUGACAUUAAUGUUGCGAGCGCAAUUUCCUACGGCUGAUCAGUACGGUUUCUUAUUAUCUCGUUUAAAUGGCUCCAACAAGCAGAAUGAGAUCAGUGUUGACCCAUUUAAGACCUAAAAUGCUACAAAAACCAAACCAUAAGACACUUUAUCCAGCUUUUAAAUACACAGUUCGACUGUGACUCCAUGUGUUACCUAAGCCACUCUCACUGUUGGACCUUAAUUCCCUUGUGAGCAGUGUUAAAAUAAGAGUGAGGCAUCCUUUUUAAAUUAACUUCUAAUUGAUCCACUCCCUCAAAUCUCAAACUGAUUUUCUGAGUUCGUGUGAUUUUCUUAAUGCUUGUGCCACGUUGUAUUCAUAAAGUAUUAACACGGAGUCUUUGAUCACUCGGAGCUGAUUUUAUUGUAUUAGUCCUCAUUAUUGUUGUUAUUUAUUGGCAUCGUAGCUGAUUUGGAGCGUGGAGAUUUAGUUUUUAUUUAAAUGGCUGAGAGCCUGCUUCCACUCGGAGUCACCGGAGUACAAUCACUACAGGUUCGCCAGACGUGUCAGUAUUAUUUUGUGCAAUGCGUUGAAAAUGUUACUCGAGCUUUGUGUUUUUAUGUUCGCCACUUUUCUCGCCGGUUUCUCGUCGUUCUAGACCAAAACGUGUUGUAUAGGUUUGUGUCGAAUAAGCUCUUUAUGAAUGAUUUGUUUCGUAGUUUUCUGUCGUUUUAAAGUACCCACCUUCUGUCCUUGUGUGAUGUAAAUUCUCCGUCUCCACUCUGAACAAAAAACAAAAACAUGCAGACACACACACACACACACACGCACCACGCUGCUCGGCUGUGAGCUUUACCUGACUUGAAAAACGGCAACCAAAGACUUUUAACGUCCAGAGGCCUUUCUGUCAAAACCACUUUGUUUAACCGAACAAAAACCCCCCCCCCCCCUGAAACGUCGACGCUCCGGACCGAUGCUGACAACACACCAGACAAUUUCCUACAGAAACAAAUAUCUUGGAUCGUUUAUGGUUUUUCUUCUCUGCAGGAUGAGGGGGUGUGGGGUCGGCUGGUCAGGUGUGUCUCAUCACGGGCCCCGCCCCUUCCUCCUCUACUUCCUGUUGUGUACAGUUUAAAAGUAUUGCCUGUUUACUCAGAGUAAAGCACCUCUGAAGCAGCAGACAUCCUGAAUGCAGUGUAAACAAACACUCUUGUACAUUUGCUUUUUCUACUCAUGUUCCAUUUCUACUUUAUUUUUUUUCCUUCCUGUACAUAAAAUAAAACAAUAAAUUAUUUUUAAAAUUAA